CCCAGAGCCGGCAGGGAGCAGAGCUGCGGAGCCGCCUAGUCUCCUGCGUCCAUCGGUCCAUUCUUGCGUCCUUUCUGUCCAUCGAACGCGCACUGCAGGAGCAGCCACCAGGUAGAAGCCGCCUGGUGUGAGCAUCAUGACUUCAUCUUCUGAACUCCACUAUGAGCCAGGCUGGCAUUAAGGGACAGGACCUUUCCUCUCGGGGCUCUUCCUCACGGCUCUGGGGCCCAGUCAGGCACUGAGUGCUGGUCCCUCUCCCCCAGGAGCUCCAUCUCCAGCUCUGUGGGUGGCAUGGCAGCGAGCACAGACGUGGCUGGGCUGGAGGAAAGCUUCCGCAAGUUUGCCAUCCAUGGUGAUCCCAAGGCCAGUGGGCACGAGAUGAACGGCAAGAACUGGGCCAAGCUGUGCAAGGACUGCAAGGUGGCUGACGGAAAGGCCGUGACAGGGACUGAUGUCGACAUCGUCUUCUCCAAAGUCAAGGGGAAGUCUGCCCGGGUCAUCAACUAUGAGGAGUUCAAGAAAGCCCUAGAAGAGCUGGCACCCAAGCGAUUCAAGGGGAAGAGCAAGGAAGAGGCCUUUGAUGCCAUCUGCCAGCUGGUGGCAGGCAAGGAACCAGCCAAUGUGGGUGUAACUAAAGCAAAAACAGGGGGUGCUGUGGAACGGCUGACCGACACCAGCAAGUACACGGGCUCCCACAAGGAACGCUUUGAUGAGAGUGGCAAGGGGAAGGGCAUUGCUGGGCGGCAGGACAUCCUGGAUGACAGUGGCUAUGUGAGUGCCUACAAGAAUGCAGGUACCUAUGAUGCCAAGGUGAAGAAGUGAGGCCUGGGAAGGCCCCCCAGCAUGGCUGCCCCUGCCAGCGGCUCAGGCCUGGGCCUAAGGGGCACGUGGAGCAAGAGAGCCCAGUCCCCUCCUUGCUGGAUCUGCCACCCAGCGUUUCCUGCCCAGCCCUACGGGGCCAGCCCACCAGGCCUCUAACCCAGACUGCUCUGCGUCCCCUUCCCCAUUUUCUUUCCUCCUCGACUUCUAUCCGUCUGCGGAGAGUCGUGCCUAUAGCCUCACCACCCCAACCUAGCCCCGGGCAUGGCUAACCCCUGCCUGCUUGCCUCAUAUUUAAGCUGCUGCUCUGGCCAAGUGCCUAAUUCUUACCCGGACCUCAAUAAAGACACCUUUUGUACCAA